AUGAACGGAUACAGUGAAGAAGAUAUUAAGAAUGCUAUGCUUUAUCAAGAACAAAUGAAGAAGGCACAAGAAGAGCAAACCAACUUAACCUUAAAGUUAGCUGGUUUACUUGCAAUUGGUUUGUGGGCAAUUCCAACUGCUAUUCAUUUUGCUAGAAAGUCUUUAGCUUGA